AACAUAGAGAGCGGUGAGAACUGGUUUCUCCGGGCCCUCUUCACGGCCCUCCGGUAAAUGUAGCUGUUGAACCGUUUCCCGAAGCGGAGGCCGAACGGGUUGAAGUUAAACUUGCUCCUCCGGUCGUUGCAGAGGAGCUGCCGCUGCUCCUCGUUCUCCCGCAGAGAGAAACAGGUGCUCGGGUCCUCCUCCAAGAGCUCUCCGGUGGACCUCCUGAUGAGAGCGGAGGGGACUGAACCUGAGGGGGACAGAGGGGGACACCUGAACACACCUGGGACAAUGAGAAACACCUGCAGCCUACAGCCUGCUGCUGCAGGAGGACACAGGUGUCCUCUGUGCGGAGUCUGAUCCCUGCAGAGCAUCCUGACCCACCAUCAGCCCGCAGACCACAACCAGAGCCAGCAGCCUCAUGUCUGACAUUGAACCUCUGCUGUCUGUAUGUGACCUCGUGCUCCUGCAGCUCUCAGCCAAUCACAGCCGGCUGCGUCUCCAUGUGCUAAAUUGCAGAGCGUUUUGAAAAUACAUCAUUCAUGCUCUGCUGUUCUGGGAAACGGGAUGACGCUGAUGGUUGAUCUUGUGAAAGGUCUGUCCCCGCCUCAUCCAGGACCUCCACCUGCAGGCCUGUUUGAAGGUUUCUCAGUUUUAGGUUUUAGGUGGUUUCUGUUGGACCUCCAGAAGACGCUCCGAAGAUGCCACUGUCUCGCUCCCUGUCCAUGACGUCCCUGAGUGGGCUGCUGCCAUCCUGGGAGGAGGACGAGCUGCCCGUGGAGGACCUGCUGCUGUUCGAGGUGUCCUGGGAGGUCACCAACAAAGUCGGAGGGAUCUACACCGUGAUUCAGACCAAAGCUAAAAUCACGGUGGACGAGUGGGGAGAGAACUACUUCAUGAUGGGGCCGUACUUCGAUCACAACUUUAAGACGCAGGUUGAGGGCUGCGAGCCGCCGAACCCUGCCAUCAGGAAGGCCAUGGAUGCGCUCAUCAACAACGGCUGCCAGGUUCAUUUUGGUCGCUGGCUGAUCGAAGGCAGUCCUUAUGUGAUCCUGUUCGACGUGGGCUCUGCAGCCUGGAACCUGGACCGAUGGAAGGGGGACUUGUGGCAGACCUGCAACAUCGGCCUCCCCUUCAACGACCGAGAGGCCAACGACUCGCUCAUCCUGGGUUCGCUGAUCGCCUGGUUCUUCAGAGAGUUAACGGACGAGCUGGGAGACAAACAAAAUGUCAUCGCUCAUUUCCACGAGUGGCAGGCGGGGCCAGGCCUGAUUCUGGCUCGCUCUCGUAGAAUUCCCAUGGCGACUAUCUUUACGACACAUGCCACCCUGCUGGGACGAUACCUGUGUGCCGGGAAUGCCGACUUCUACAACAACCUGGAUAAGUUUGACAUCGAUAAGGAGGCCGGUGAGCGUCAGAUCUACCAUCGGUACUGUCUGGAGAGAGCAGCAGUUCACUGCGCUCAUGUCUUCACCACGGUCUCUCAGAUCACGGCUGUGGAAGCCAAUCACAUGCUGCACAGGAACCCAGACGUGGUGACCCCGAAUGGUCUGAAUGUUAAGAAGUUUUCAGCCGUGCACGAGUUUCAGAACCUCCACGCCACCAGCAAAGUCCGCAUCCAGGAGUUCGUCAGAGGUCACUUCUACGGUCAUCUGGACUUCAACCUGGAUAAAACGCUCUUCUUUUUCAUCGCUGGGCGUUACGAGUUUUCCAACAAGGGAGCAGAUAUUUUCCUUGAAUCACUGUCCAGACUCAACUACCUGCUGCGGUUUCACAGAAACGAUAUGACGGUCAUAGUUUUCUUCAUCAUGCCUGCUAAAACCAACAACUUCAACGUGGAGUCUCUGAAAGGACAGGCGGUGCGCAAACAGCUCUGGGACACGGCUCAUUCUGUGAAGGAGAAGUUUGGGAAGAACCUGUAUGACGCUCUGUUAAAAGGAGAGAUCCCCGACAUGAACUCCAUUCUGGACCGAGACGACUUCACCAUCAUGAAGAGAGCUAUCUACGCCACGCAGAGACACACGCUCCCUCCAGUGACGACUCACAACAUGCUGGACGACGCCACAGACCCCAUCCUGUCCAACGUCAGACGCAUCGGCCUCUUCAACUCCAGGAACGACCGCGUUAAGAUCAUCUUCCACCCUGAGUUCCUGUCCUCCACCAGUCCUCUGCUGCCGAUGGACUACGAGGACUUUGUUCGUGGAUGUAACCUCGGAGUGUUCCCGUCUUACUAUGAACCCUGGGGAUACACACCAGGUGAAUGUACGGUGAUGGGAAUCCCGAGUGUGACCACCAACCUUUCGGGUUUCGGCUGUUUCAUGGAGGAGCACGUCUCAGACCCUGCUGCCUACGGUAUCUACAUCGUGGACCGGCGGUUCCGUUCAGCCGAUGAUUCGUGUAACCAGCUGACUCAGUUCAUGUUCAGCUUCUGUCAGCAGUCUCGGCGUCAGAGGAUCAUCCAGAGGAACCGGACUGAGAGGCUGUCCGAGCUGCUGGACUGGAGAUACCUGGGACGGUUCUACAUCAACGCCCGCCGUCUUGCACUGAACAGAGCUUUCCCAGACAAGUUCAAAAUGGACCCCAUGGCCCCUCUGAAGACGGACGGUUUCCGUUACCCUCGGCCGUACUCUGUGCCUCCUUCUCCCUCCGCCUCCAUCCAUUCCACCCCGCACCACAGUGACGAUGAUGAGCCCUACGAUGAAGACGAGGAGGCAGAGAGGGACCGCAUGAACAUCAAGUCUCCCUUCGUGCUGGGAGCCGUGCCGGAGGGCAAGAACAAGCAGCUGGGAGAGUCGGGGAACUGAGGAUACGGUUGGCUGUGUUGUCUCUUGUAGUGCUUCGUUUGAUCAUCCCUACAGCUUUGACUCACUGUUUUUACACUUCUGUUACACUCUGUCUGCAAAGUUUGUGAAAAACUUCAAAAACAGCUUCUGUGAUAAAGUUCCUCUGGGCUCUGUGUUCGGCUCGCUGUCAUUUACAGCUGAAUAAAAAUGCAUUAACAGAUUUAA